AUGGCAGAGAAAAUCACAGAUCAACAUUUAUCAAUAGAUCGUCAACAUUCAAGAGCUCCUUCUAUAACUCGUAAUACUUCACCAUUAAACUCAUCCUUCAGCUUACCAACCUUGGUGAGACAGAGUACCGUACCAGCACGUCGACCACUUAGUAGAUCAUCACAAAAUUCAAAUCAAGAAAAGAUGACUAAAUCACCAAUGACUAUAACACACAACAACAUCACAUUAGAAAACCAAUCUGAGAUCUUGAAUAGUUCUAAGAUUAAUACGAAUGGAAGAAAUCAUUUGGAAUUACAAACUGAAAUUAAAAGUGGACGACCAAAGACUGGAACAGUUAGUCAACAACGUCAUUAUUUACCACAAGAAGUGAAUGUCCCGAUUAGUCAUAAUUAUAAGAUUCCUAGUAUGAAUUAUCCAAUUAGAAUCGAACCAAUUGAAAGUUUUGAAAAUGGAAAGAAAAUUAACCAUUCUAGUUCGAUUUUCAAAAUAAGAGAUCCAAGAUUGAAUAGACAAAAAGAACAAGUGGUAGCUCAAAACCCAAGAAACGAGAUGAUGAAUGCUUUGAUAUCAGAGCGAUCGAAUGAAGUAAUCAAGCCAGCUCGAUCACCUGGUACAACUUCAAACAAUGGGUUUUUACAAUACACUGAAAUGCCUAAUACAUCAUUCGGAGUUGAAAGCAGUCUACCGCACAAUGAGGUCAUCGAGACUUCUAAUUACCCAUGGGGUAACAGUUCACGUUUCGGUCAACACACUCUUCCAAAUUUUCAAAACGGAACAAGCCUUAGCAAUCAAAACUUAAAAUGGGGUGAACCUUUAAUCAACCAAUCCAAGCAUGUUUCCGAACCUUGUAAUCCAGGGAUAGGUCAGAAGACCAUGAAGGAAAUAGGAUCCACCAAUCAGAUCUCAGACGAGGUGAUGCUAAAGGGAACUCCAGAAGUUGAUCCUACGAAAGAUGAAGAUUUGAAUACUCUAAAUGAUUUGAGACAAAGAGUGAAAAGAGCAGCUCAAAAAGGUGAUUUUGAUACCGCUGAUAAGCUCAUUAGGAUCCAUCAAUUCCUCGCACCUAGUUCACCAAUCAAAUCAGGAAGGCCUAGAAUUGAAACGAUUGAUUCAUCAUCUAAACCAUCUAGUUUAGUCUUAAAUCCUAUUACACCGGGUCCUACUCUUCAAAACGGUGGACUUUCAUUCGCAACAGGAGUGACAGCUUCAAUUGAGCUUGUUGGACUUACACCACAUUUUCAUGAAUUAUUUAAAAAAUUAACUGGAAAAUUACCAUUAACGAUCUUUAAUAAAGAUUGGUUAAGAUUAGCUCAUGAACAUGAUUUAUCAAAUCAUCAAUCACAAAAGAACGAUAAGAAUGGAAAGAUAAUUUAUCGAAUCUUUCCAUACCCAUCAGAAUGGAGUAUGUCUUUUGAUGAAUGGGAAUCGAAUUUAAAUUAUAUGAUCAGACUUGCACGUGAGAUUUAUAAAUUUGAUUUUUUUGCAAACGGAUUAAUUGUUCAUAGAGAAACGGUCAAAGAGAUUGGAAAGCAAUAUGGAUGGAUCACUGGAUUUAGGUAUUGUCAAAAAGUUAGACAUUCGGUUUUUACAUAUAAAGUUGGACUUGAAGGAAAAGAUACUCAAGAUAUAAGUGUAUGGAGGAAAGAUUUAGAAGAAUUAGCUCGUCAGGAAUCAGAACUUGCUGAUGAUUUAAGGUUUCAUGAUAAUCCUUAUAGAACUGGAGGUGAGAAAGAAGGAUAUGAUUUUUUGACUGGAAAACCACGUGAGAAUCAAAACAUUAAAGUUUUAAAGUCAAGCACUUCAAGAUCUUCUAAUUGGUCUCAAACUACUCAAACUGGAAAUGGUGGAAAGACUAAACGUCAUAAGCUUUGUACUGCACCUGAGAAUCAUCCUUAUAAAGGUAGAUCAUUUGAUCCUAAUUAUCGAGGACCUAUGAGGAAAACCGGGAAUAGAGAUGGUGAUGAAGAUAAAGACAUCGGUCGUAAAGGAAGUAGGGAUCCUAAUGAUCUCGGGACGAUCAGGAAACCGAAUCUUUUCAACUAUACAUGUUUAUCACCAGAGUUAAGUUCAGAGACUUGGAAACGCUUAAGUCUGGAUGAUUUUAUUCGAAAAUAUCCAAAUAGCGAACAGAUUUCAGUUCAGAAAUUUAUGGAACUUCAUGGAGCAAAUAACUUUCUUUGUGGUAUUGGUGAACAUUGUAAUGCCGGUCAGCUUUGCUCUCCAGUUGUUUCGGUCGAAGCUUGGAUGGUAGGAUUUGCUAUUCAACAAUAUAACAAUUAUAUGAAUAGUUGUUUUGAUGCUAUUGGAUAUUCGAUGUCAUCCACCUCAUCCGUUGUCAGCUCGAUGGUUGUAGAUCUAUUUGAAGAUUUUGGAAUCUCAAAAAUGCUCAUUAAUUUCAAAUCACUAAAACAUGACGUACUUUCAAUUGCUUUACUUUCAUUUUUCACUGGAAUCGCAUAUGCAAGUGGUAUGUAUUGGGGUUCAGCAUUCGGUGUAAUUCCUUUAUUGGCUUUUCUUUUUGUGGUCACAUCUACUGUGGAUUCAUCUUCUUCAGAACUUGUAGAACAAGAUUUCCCAAGAUGGAGUGAACUUUCAUUUCAAUUAACUGAAAUUCAACAAGAUCUUCAAAAAGAUUUAAAUCAAUAUUUAAAAAAUUCAUUACAAACUGGUCUUAGUAGUCAAACCGGUAUUUUAAAUGUGAUUAGUGGUGGAAUCUUUUUGGAAGACAAUCGGAUACCUAGUCCUUCUGAAAUCGAAAAAAGGAUGAAUCGACGUCUUCAAGCUAAGAUGUUGAAUAAGAUUAUGAGAUCAAAUAAUAUGUAUAUCACCCGUGCAAGUGAUCCUUGUCAUUUUUCUGGUGUGGCUGGAGCUCGUACAGGAAACAAUAUCAUGUCGUAUUGCGAUAAUAACGGAAUUCUAUGGGAAAUUGUUCGCGCGCACGGCAAGAAGGUCAUCCACGAGAUUUAUAAUGCUGAUUUGAUCUCAAAUCGAUACGGAUUCAGUAUUGAGACCAUUGUCAAUACUUCUUGGGCUUGUCAAACAAAAUACUCUGAGUUUGAGCAUGAACUUUUUAACUCAACAUCUCUUAUCAACAAUUCAACCGGAUUCCAAGAUCUGUCUAAUUCAAGAUCCAUGACUCAAAACGAUCCACUUAAUUCUUUAGGAUCACAUACUUUCAAUAAUUUGACAUCUUUAGAUGAAUGUCUUUUUAAUCUUCCAGUAUGUGAUUGUGCUUCUCCAGGAAUUAGCUUGGCAAGAGCUUCGAAACAUCAUCAUACAACAAAAAUUUGUAGAGAUAUUGGAAAAUUACCUAUAUAA